CUAUUUUCCUCAUAUCAGUAGACAUUCAGACAACAUGGCCGCCUCCAUGAUGAAACUGGCCGGUUUGGUUUUGCUUGCUGCUAUUUGCAGUGUAAAUGCAAAUAAAAGGACAUUGAUUUUGGUAGAUAAUUGGUCAAUCAGGGAAACACAUUCUGUCUUCUUCAAGUCUCUAAGGGAUCAAGGAUUUGAGCUAACUUUCAAGACUGCUGAUGAUGGAAGUUUGGCCUUGGUGAAGUUUGGCGAGUUUUUGUACGACAAUCUUAUCAUCUUCUCUCCAUCAGUCGAAGAAUUCGGAGGAACUAUGGAUGUGGCAGCCAUAACCAACUUCAUUGACGGUGGAGGAAAUGUUCUAGUGGCUGGAAGCUCCAACAUUGGUGAUCCUCUGAGAGAGCUGGCUACAGAAUGUGGUUUGGAGUUUGAUGAAGAGAAGUCCACAGUUAUUGACCAUUUGAAUUACGAUGCUCUCGACCAGGGCAAGCACACCUUGAUUGUGGCAGAUCCCAAGAACUUGUUGGAUGCUCCCAUGAUCGUAGGAACCAAAGCCACAUCUCCACUCCUCUUCAGAGGUGUAGGUAUGAUCGCUGACCCAGAGAACCCACUGGUGUUGAAUGUACUACAUGCAUCCUCUACAGCCUAUUCUUUCAACCCUGACGCCAAGAUUGAGGAUUAUCCUCAUGCUGUGGGAAGCAGUACUCUGUUGGUGGCCGCCCUCCAGGCGAGGAACAAUGCACGAGUCAUGUUUGUAGGAUCCCUAGACUUCUUCAGUGACGAAUUCUUCACCUCCGCUGUACAUCAUGCCAUUACCAACAAAAAGUUUGAGAAGUCGGGUAAUGAGCAGCUGUCUAUGAACCUUGCCCAGUGGGUGUUCAAGGAGAAGGGCGUGCUUCGUGUGGGAACUGUCAAACACAACAAGAAGGGCGAGUCACAACCACCAUUAGCCUACACUGUGUUUGAGGAAGUGGAGUACUCCAUUGGUAUUGAGGAGCUGAAGGGAGGACAGUGGAAACCAUUUGACCACAAGGAUGUCCAGCUGGAGUUUGUACGCAUUGACCCGUUUGUUAGGACCCUGCUGACAAGCAAGAAUGGUUUGUUUGGUGUAACCUUCAAACUGCCCGACGUUUAUGGAGUUUACCAGUUCCGUGUAGACUACAACAGAAUAGGAUUCACUCACCUGUACAGUACAACACAGGUGUCUGUGCGGCCACUAGAACACACCCAGUAUGAACGGUUUAUUCCGUCGGCCUUUCCCUAUUAUGCUAGCGCAUUCUCAAUGAUGGCAGGAGUCUUUAUAUUCAGCUUGGUUUUCCUCCAUUUUAAUGAUUCACCAAAGGAGAAGAAGGAAUAACACACAUUCACACUUCAAAGAAGAGGAAACCAUAGCAUUCAUUGAAUUAAUUGUACCAAAGGGAAAAAAGGAACAUAUCUUAGACAAAAAGUUGAUAACAUUUAGAAUAAAUUAUUAUUAAGACAAGUAAUUUCUGUUUAGGAGAUACCUUUCAAUAAUGGUAUUAAAAGGGAUGCAUGUCUGGCAUAACAACAUUAGAUAUAUAUAGACAUUGUUUUCUCUUAGUGUUGAAUUCUUAAUGUUUACUAAUUAUCAAACAUGAAGUUGUGAAUGGAAAACAAAGUCUCAAAUCAUUCCAUACCUCAUUUAUGCUGUUGUACUUUUGUAUUGGAGCAAGAAAUCCUAAAAUUAAAAGACAAAAUUUAAAAAAAA